UUCAUUGUCUGUGUUCUCUCUCUCUCUUUCUUUUGGGACAAACCAUUUGUGUUCUGCCUGCAGGGUUCUGAUGCUGAGCGCCGCUGCUUUAAGAGUGAGAUCUUUGGACUCAAUUGCUUAUAACAGAUGUGUUCAAACUGAGUGAUGUGUGUGCAGUGAUCCAGAGAGAGGAGAUGACAGCUGAGCGGGUUGACAUGGCCGUCCCAGACAAUCUGCUGAUCUUAGACACAGAUGCUGUCAACUCAUUCUUCGCUUCACCGCCCAUAGAGCAAAAUGAGCCUGCCUGUGCCACGGACAACCAGACAGAUGACAGAUGCAGUUCAGUCCCUGAACAACACCCUAAUCCAGCCUCAGGAAGCUCAGGAUUAAUGCAGGUUUCGCACCAGGACGGGACCAUUGAGAUCCAAAGUUCAAACAAUAAAAGGGAAAAUGAGAGUGGUUUAGUCUUAAGGCGGUCCCUGGAUCACACUGCAAUGAUAGAAAUUAAAAGAAAUCAUCCAAAUGAUGAUAAAAGUGACAAUUGUGACUUCAGUACUGCUGCUGUAAUGGAGACUGACAAUAUCACAAACAGUAUUAACAUCCCUAAACUAAUUUACCUAAUGGACAAUAUGAUAUACAGUGAUCAAAAUGACAAACAUAGUGACUCAAACACUAAAGAUGAUCCAAAUGAGGCUCAUGACAAUUUGAUGAGUCCAGAAGUUAUAUUAUUAACAGAAGACAACAGGCAAGAAGAAAUGAGUCAAGAUACCAUUUUAAACCCAUAUGAAUCCUCUGAGAGCACUGGACUUGAGGUAAGCCAAAUGACUAAUGAUGUUGAUCCUUUGGUUAACACUGUCUCUGAUGUUAUGAAUAGUGAGCAAAGCUCAUGCUUAAUUGCAAGCAAUGAGACUGAUGCAACCUUCUCUGAAUCUAUCAUCCAGACUUCAUCUGAAGGUGUUGAUGUAGCAGUGGAAGCGGCGACUGCAUAUAAAACUCAUCCAGAAAUGCAUGACAUUACAGAUGACUUCACAUGUUGUGGCUUCACAACCUCUCAUAUACCAAAGACAGAUGAUCCGAAGACUGGCAUUCAUCUAUCUUUGGCUGAUUUGCAUGAAGCAGACACUGUAAACAUCUUAACACAUGCCUCUGCAUUAUUAGACACUUUGGGGUUGAACAACGUUGCCUUGGAAACAGCUGACGUGCCAGUCAAUGACAGUGGGAUCAUUCAGACUGUAAAUCAAGACUUAGCUUCCUCAAACGUUGAGUUUUGCUCUGGCGUUUUAACCCAAAUGGUUCAGAAUCUUCUACAGGAUUCAAAAUAUGACGUAACAAAAUCAGAAUCCAGCAGAACUGAUGAUUCCAUACUUGACAGAAUGACUGAUACAAAAUUUCCUUUGGACAUCGGUUGGGUGGAAACUUGUAGCAAUGAUCCAAGUGAGAAAAUAGAUUCAUUUUUUCCCCAAUCCAUGCACGAAACCUCACAGAUUGGGGAAAAACAUGAGAAGGAUCUCUCACAAGCGAUCCCUUGCCCAACAACUGUCACGAAUAGAGAUUUAGAUAACUGUUCUGAGGAGAUCGAUGGUGCUUCCUUAAAGUUCACAAGAACAGAACGUGAUGUUGAGGCUAGUAGUGAUUUGUGGCUGGACGCUCGCCAGUUCUUGGCAGGUGAAGAGGAUGAGGGUGCUAUUUUUGACAAGUGGGGUCGUUCGUGUUCUCCCAGCCCCCCCAUGACCCAUCCAGACAACACAAAAGCCUCUGAUUACUCCAGGAGAGAGAACAUUUCAAUUGACUGCCACACUGAAGACUGGGAGCUGAGGUUUCCACUGGUUGAGAGGCGGUCAUCCUCAGACAGCUGGGCUAGUGCACUUUCAGACUGGUUCCAGGCCGUUAACACCUAUUCAGAAGACUCUUUUACCAGCGUUAACACUUCAAGCACUGGUUUUAAGCUCAGUAUGGCAAUCCAGGACAACUUUUUGGAGCAAAGGACAAAUCCUGAUAAUGCAAGCAACACUGGACUGACGUGUCUGUCCCUCAAUCUCUUAGAAUCAGAAGAACCAGGUCAAGCCUUGAGUAGAGGACUAGUUGAGUCUGAUAACACUAAUGGAACUAUGUUUAAACAAGGAGAUAAAGAUGGACUUCCUUCUCAUUCAGACUCUGACAGAAAGGAUAAUACAACAAUGGAGAACAACAUGAGUUUGUUAGAGAGGUCUGGAUCCCAUAAUACAGAUACAAAUGCAGUCGUGGAUACGCUUAAUGCAUCAAAGUCUCCUGGAAAUGAGGUCAGUGCCAAACAUUAUGGAAGUCAGCAAAUCCCUGGAGAGUUUUGGAGUGCAAAGUCAGAAGGAAAUGUGCUGGUUGACGUAACCGGAGACAAAGAUUCCUAUCUCGGGUUGGUCUUCGAGGAGGAACGUGAAAGCAGUUUUACUUCUCAAAGGAUCUCGGCCUACAUUAGCGACAAGAAUUUAACUGACUGUGUGAGCGGCGAGGAACAGCAUCACGGUUCCGAUGUUGCUCUCCACACAUGUCCCUCUCAAUCGAACAGUCACGUGUCUUCUGAGGUGGGGCUUGCUGGAGGAAAUGAAUCGCUUGGACAUUUUAACACCAAGGACUGUACCGUGAAGCCAAGAGAGGAGGAAAUAAAUACAUUUCCACACUUUAUUAUGCCAUUUGCUCCACUCGGUACUGGAAAUACUUUUCUCCAUCAUAGUCUAUUGAAGAGUCCACAGGCUGAUCUAGACCUUCCACCUAAAGUGAUCAUUAAUGAGAUACACCUUAAGAGUGAUCAAAAACCAAUCAUUAGUGACGAUUCUUCUAAAGAUCGCUUUCAUACUUGUCCUGACAAAUCUUUAUCUUCAUCCUGUGGAGAUUCAGAUGAUCCUUACAUCAAGGAUACUAGGAGAAAAGCAGAGUGCAGUGAUACCUGUGACAUCAACAAAGAGCUUUCUAAGUUAAUUUUACUCAAUGGACAACGUUUUAUGGUAUCUGUGGACAAAAGUGUUGCAUAUGUCACUCUAGACUUGGAAGAACCCAUUUUAAGUCAGUUUUCUUUGUCAUGCUGUGAGGAACGACCGAAAACAAACAAUAUGCCUCACAAGACUUCCAAAACUUCCUCAGAUGGUAAAACACGCUUGAAACAUAAAGAGAAGCCGGCUGAGAAACAGCAACACAGGAUUCAAACAUCAAAAAAGCAAGAUCUUCAGGCCCCAUCCCAGGCGAAAGAUCAAUUCAAUUCAGAAGGAGAUGGUUGUGAAGAUCGUCCAGUUACUGCCAUUGAGCCUAUAGUCAUCACAGAGAAGAUCGUUCCUAAAACCCAAGGGAAGAAGAAAAAGAAGCAUGCGCAGCAUGGGAUGACCAAACCAGAGAAUGAGCAACCGCCUGACGUAGAGAGCAGAAGUGUUCAGAAGACCGUGAGUGACAAGACCGAGAACCUUGAUGUGAUGGUGACGACAAAUGGUCUGGAUAAACUAGCAUCUCAUCCUCCCACCAAUUUGGAUAUUACUAACAAAGAUAGCAUUCAGAAAGUCAUGUCAGUGAGACCCAAAGUACACUCCAGUGGGAGUUUUGCAGCCAAGAUGGAACCUGUUGGCAUAAAUGCCACUCAGAAAGCUACUCCUAUAAAACUCAAAGUUGAUGCCAGUAACACAGCCAUGAUGGAAAAUAAGACGUGCACCUCAGAUUCUCUAAGCACGCGUUUAUCCAGCAUGCUGAAUGAAGACAUCAAGCGCAGGCGAAUCACAGACAAGUUGUCUGGAACAGUUCCAAUAAGGACGAGGCCACAGCUGCCCACAAUUUUCCGCCAGGCAAGAAAAGAUGGAGUAGAUACGACCAUGAGAGCUUACAGUGAGGUUGUCAAGCAGAAGACUCCAUCACCCAAAGAAGUUGUGAUUCCUCGUGUAGUCUCAGAGAUCCAGGCUGACCCAGUCCCUGACGACCCCCAGAACAUCUUGCUUUGGUGCCAGUUCAGUCCCGUCCCACCUGAUGCCACCAUUAAGUGGACUAAAGAGGGAACAGUUUUGUCAGAGAUAAACAAAGUAGAGAAGGAUGACAGCCGCUUCACUUUGACCAUCCUAAAGGCUUGUAGUAAAGAUCUAGGGCUGUACAAAUGCAGCCUAAACGCCGCCAACAUUUCUGUUUCGACCUCGGAGUACCAUCUCACGUCUGAGGUGCUGAUGGAACUAGUCAUUCCGAGUCAUGAUCAACCAGCUGAGCCCAGGAUUGUGGACGGCGAUGAGGAGAACAUCCAGUGCAGCCCACUUCUCUUUAAGGGAGAUUUUCUUUCGGAUCAAUACUUUGGAGAGAAUCAACCAGCGAGCAUCGUGACUGAAAAGGUCCAUUUCGGUGAAGGCAUGCAUCGCAAGGCUUUCAGAACCACUCUCAGAGAAGGCAACCUGCCGAGCUUCAACCCCGGCCAUCCAUGCGUCCUGAAAGUACACAAUGCCAUCAGUUAUGGGACCAAAAAUAAUGAGGAACUCGUCCAGAAGAACUACAGCCUGGCUGUGGAGGAAUGUCAUGUGCAGAAUACCGCCAGGGAAUAUAUUAAAGCGUACAACAGUGUGGCCAAGUCUGCAGAAUCAUUUGGAGAGCUGCCAGAAAUCAUCCCGAUUUAUUUGGUGCACCGGCCGUCUAACAACAUCCCUUACGCCACGCUGGAGGAGGAGCUGCUGGGAGAUUUUGUGAAGUACUCUGUGAAGGACGGGAAGGAGAUCAACCUGAUGCGCAGAGACUCUGAGGCGGGACAGAAAUGCUGCGCCUUCCAGCACUGGGUCUAUACACAGACCGAGGGCAACCUGCUGGUCACAGAUAUGCAGGGUGUGGGUAUGAAACUGACAGAUGUUGGGAUUGCCACCUGUAAAAAAGGCUAUAAGGGAUUCAGGGGAAACUGUGCCACGUCCUUCAUUGAUCAGUUCAAGGUUCUGCAUCUGUGUAACAGGUACUGUGAGCUUCUGGGCCUGACGUCCCUCCAGCCCAAGCCCAAGCCCAAGCCAAAACCAAAGCCAAAAACACAACCCGCGCCAAAGAAAAAAACCUUCGGUCCUGUACUGAACGGCAAAUCCUGAUCACACAGAAACUGAACUUCUGCUAGUAGGAUAACUAGUGUUUUUGGCAUUUUUUAUCAACGAAGUCUUGCUCAGGGACAAACGUGUUUCUGAGAUGUUUCUUUAAAUGUAAGAUGACAUUCAUCUGUAAGGACAGUAGGGAGCUUACUUCUUUCUUGAGAGCUCUUUUGUGCCAUUUUAAAUGAGUUUAUUUUUUUAUGUUUUUAAAGGGGUGAGUGGUUUGACAAUUGAUGUGAUUUUUUUGUUUGUUUGUUUAAACCAAAGAACUAUCAGCUAUUGUGUUUUUAUCCUGAUUUGCUUUGUUGAAAAGUUGUGCCAGUGGUGCUGCCAUCUGAUUCUUUAUUAUUAGCCUACUGGCACUUCUGAACAACUACAUGUUAUUAUGAUCGUUUGUUAUAAUAUGUGCAAUAAGUGCUUAGUUUAUCAAACUGCUAAAUCUUAAAUAGACAUUUACUUUAUGAGUGAGAUUAAUGUACAACACGGUAAAGGUUUAUUGUUGGAUUUGAAUGCGACUGCCUGAAUUGAAUGUUUGAAGCUUCUCAUUUUCAAUGUUAAAGUACUUUUCACACAUGCAAAAUUUAAAAUGUUUUCUUUCAUUUCGAAAAAAGUUCUUCAACACUGUCUCUGGGAAGGAUGAGGUGGUAAAUCUGACACUGUGGAAAAGUUUGUACACUUGCCCUAGUAAACAGCUGUUGAUUUGCCUCAGUAAGAAUGACAAUCCUCCACCUUCACGUUUCCAUCAUCCUUCCAAAGUCAAAUGACUUAUUGCCUCACUGCUAUAUAUAAGCACACACGUCUGAAGCCAUGUAUUUGUCCUGUUAAUGUUAAUGACCUGCACAAAUGAAUCACCUGAAAAACUAAA